CACCAAACAAACUCGCUGUUCCACCACAACCGCUGUCUCAGUCGCAUGCAAUAACCACUGUCCGGAGAGAAAACAGAUCAUAUUCAAGAAAAAAUGGGGAAAGGCGGAUCACUAAGCGAAGGCGUGAUCAAGAACAUUGUCCUCUCCUACACAUACGUAGCGAUAUGGAUCUUCCUCAGCUUCACCGUCAUCGUCUACAACAAAUACAUCCUCGACAAGAAGAUGUACGACUGGCCUUUCCCGAUCUCCCUCACCAUGAUCCACAUGUCCUUCUGCUCCACCCUAGCGUUCCUCCUCAUCAAGGUCUUCAACUUCGUCGAGCCCGUCUCCAUGUCGCGUGACACGUACCUCAGAUCCGUGGUUCCCAUCGGCGCGUUGUACUCACUCUCCCUAUGGCUCUCAAACUCCGCUUACAUUUAUCUCUCCGUCUCCUUCAUCCAAAUGCUCAAAGCCCUCAUGCCCGUUGCGGUCUACUCCAUCGGUGUCUUGUUCAAGAAGGAAGGUUUUAAGUCGGAGACUAUGGUUAACAUGUUAUCUAUCUCCUUUGGUGUCGCCAUCGCUGCUUACGGAGAAGCUAGAUUUGAUGUGUGGGGUGUGGUUCUUCAGCUAGGUGCGGUUGCGUUUGAGGCGACAAGAUUGGUAAUGAUUCAGAUCUUGCUUACUUCUAAAGGCAUCACGUUGAAUCCCAUCACUUCUCUUUAUUACGUUGCACCAUGCUGCUUAGCUUUCUUGUUCAUCCCUUGGAUUGUUGUGGAGUUUCCUGUUCUUAGAGAGACCUCUAGCUUUCAUUUUGAUUACGUUAUUUUCGGAACGAACUCGUUCUGUGCGUUUGCUUUGAAUCUUGCCGUGUUUCUUUUGGUGGGGAAGACCUCUGCUUUGACCAUGAAUGUUGCUGGUGUGGUUAAGGACUGGUUGUUGAUCGCAUUCUCAUGGUCGGUUAUUAAGGACACUGUGACACCUAUUAAUCUUUUUGGUUAUGGGAUUGCGUUCUUGGGAGUUGCGUAUUACAAUCAUGCUAAGUUACAAGCGCUGAAGGCUAAAGAGGCUCAGAAGAGUGCUCAGCAGAUUGAUGAAGAGAGUGGUCGCCUUUUGGAAGAGAAGGAAGGUGGGAGGAAGACUGAGCCAGAGAAUUGAUUUUGUUUGGUGAAGUUUAAGAUUUUAUUUUAUUUGCUUUAACAUACAUUUUGUUUGAAUAAGAGCUUGAAGGAUUUAUAAG